AGGGGCCAGGAUUUUUUUUUUUAGUCGUAGUCACCUCCUAACGGGCUAAAGGACCUUUGAUGAUGUCAUGUGAUCGUGAUCAGUCACGUGAAUGGGAGAAGUCAAGUCCCGGGUUCUCCUUGAUUAUGUGAAGUGUCAGAACGUGAGCACCUUAUAGGACCGUAGUGCCAACAUGGAACCCUGCUCCUGUGACACCUUUGUUGCUCUUCCACCUGCAACAGUCGGCAACAGAAUUAUUUUCGGAAAAAACUCCGACAGACCAAGUGAUGAAGUACAGGAGGUUGUAUAUUUCCCAGGACAAUCUUAUGAACCAGGAGAGAAACUAGAGUGCACUUACAUUGAAAUUGAACAAGCAGAGAAGACCCACGCAGUGGUUUUAAGUCGGCCAUCUUGGCUCUGGGGAGCUGAAAUGGGAGCCAAUGAAUUGGGUGUAUGUAUCGGAAAUGAAGCAGUUUGGGGGAAAGAAGAAAUUGAUGAUAAAGAAGCGCUUCUGGGCAUGGAUCUUGUAAGGCUAGGUUUGGAGAGGGCAGACACGGCUGAAGGUGCCCUGGAUGUGAUCAUUGGCUUGUUAGAAAAAUACGGUCAAGGGGGCAACUGUAUGGAGAGUCCAAUGUCCUUUACUUAUCACAACAGCUUCCUCAUAGCAGACAGGAAGGAAGCAUGGAUCCUGGAGACGGCUGGACAGUACUGGGCUGCAGAGAAAGUAGAUGAAGGUAUAAAGAAUAUAUCCAACAACCUGUCCAUCACCACCAAGAUUGAUCGUGAACACCCUGCCAUGAGGGAAUAUGCUAAGACUAAAGGCUGGUGGGACGGAAGAAAAGAAUUUAAUUUUGCAGCUGUAUAUUCCUAUUUCAACCCAUCUAGAUCUUCAUCUUCUGGGGACAGAUUUUGUGAAGGAUACAAACUGCUCAGGAAAAAUAAAGGAAACAUGACAGCCGAAACAAUGAUUGAAAUUCUCUCCGACAAGCCAAGUGGGAUUAACAUGGAGGGUGGAUUUAUGACAACUGGAAGCAUGGUCUCAAUUCUGCCACAGGAUCCAAACCAGCCAUGCUGCCACUUCUUUACCGGUACCCCCGACCCUGCCAGGUCUGUUUUCAAGCCAUUCAUCUUUGUGCCUCAGAUUGAACACUUUGUGAGAACAGCUUCACCCUCACUUGGGGCAGACGAUCCCGUCAGACUGAAGCCAAGAUUCCAAACAAAGCCUGACAGGAGACAUGAACUGUAUAAGAAACACGAAGAUGGUCUUGUGUCCAUGGAGACAUCACAGAAUGAGUUGCUAAAAAAGAUGAAGAAUCUAGAAAAGAAUAAACUUGAGGAGGUAGAACAUUUCUUGAAAGAUGGCAUUACUGACCACUCAGGACUGACCAUGCUAUUUGCCAGCUGUGUUGAAGAGGAAAUGAACCUGUAUAUGUAAAAGGUUUUGCUAAUGUUGAAUUGUGACGCUUCACAUAUAAAAGUUUUUUGGGAAAAUUACUAUUGUGUAGCCCUAAGCAUUUUCUACAGGGCAUGCUUUAAAGGGGUACUCCGGUGGAAAACAAUUUAUUUUAAAUUAACUGCUGCUAGAAAGUUAUACAGAUUUGUAAAUUACUUCUAUUAAAAAAAAAAAAUCUUAAUCUUUCCAGUACAGCUGCUGUAUACUACAGAGAAAGUUCUUUUCUUUUUGAUUUUCUUUUCUGUCUGUGCACAGUGCUCUCUACUGACACCUCUGUCAAUGUCAGGAACCAUAGCAAACCUAUCCUGCUCUGGACAGUUCCUGACAUGGACAGAGGUGUCAGCAGAGAGCACUGUGGUCAGACAGAAAGGAAGUUCAAAAAGAGUAGUAUACAGCAGCAGAUAAGUAAUGGAAGGAUUAUGAUUUUUUUAAUAUAAGUAAUUUACAAAUAUGUGUAACUUUGUGGCACCAGUUGAUUUAAAAAAAAAAAAAAUUUCACUGUAGUACCCCUUAAAAAAUUCCCAUAGUAAAUACCGCAUCCAGGCAACCAUUAAACAGCGAUGAGCUGGAGCCUCCUACUCCUCUCCUAGAUAACCGUAGCAACGCGAGACCCAGUACCAUAGAAAUGUAAUAGCACUGGGUCUUGCGCCAGCAUGGUUAGCUAUGAGAUUAAGCGUAUCUGUCAGAUCCCACAAAAAAUAAAUAAAUGUUACUCAGUACCUAAUCCUGACCAUGUACAUUUAAUUUUUAUGCCUCUGUCACCUAUAUUUAUUAUAAAAAUCCCUCUUUCCAUUAGCUCACAGUGUUAGAAAUCCUCUCAGGGGAAGGUGAUUGGUGUACCUGCUUAUGCAGCCUUGUCCACGAGUCAUCUCUUUUCUAUGAUUCAUGGACAAGCCUGAUGCUGCUGCAGGACUGGUUAGUGUCCUAGGGACCCCUAGUGGUGGGAUUUUCAGGAGCAGUUUUGUUUAUUAAAUAUAAAAAAAUAAUAAUAA